GUCACUGCCUAGACGUAUCUGAACCAUAGUUUCCUUUUUCCUCUUCUGAAAAAUGGCAGUAGUGCCUCAGCUGGUUUUUGUGAAGAUUAAGUGAAAUAAUGAAGGUCAAGCACUUGGCACAAUGCCUGUCCUUAGAUAGACCAUGGCACUAAGAGCAUGUGGCUUGAUCAUCUUCCGAAGACGCCGCAUUCCCAAAGUGGACAACAAUGCAAUUGAGUUUCUACUGCUGCAGGCAUCAGAUGGCAUUCAUCACUGGACUCCUCCCAAAGGCCAUGUGGAUCCAGGAGAGAAUGACUUGGAAACAGCACUCAGGGAGACUCACGAGGAAGCGGGCAUAGAGGCAAGCCAGCUGACCAUCAUUGAGGGGUUCAGAAGCGAGCUCAAUUAUGUGGCCAGGAAGAAGCCUAAAACAGUCAUUUACUGGCUGGCUGAGGUGAAAGACUACAAUGUGGAGAUCUGCCUCUCCCACGAGCACCAGGCCUACCGCUGGCUGGGGCUGGAUGAGGCCUGCCAGUUGGCUCAGUUCAAAGACAUGAAGGCAGCACUCCAGGAAGGACACCAGUUUCUCUGCUCCAUGGAAGCCUGAGUUGACUGCAAUCAGUAGAGUCAGUUGCUUUGGUAGGAUCUUUGAGGGCGUUCUGAGAUGAAUUCACCCUCAGGUCCAAGAAAGGUUGUUCUGGUCUUUGGCUAAUUCACAGCCAAGAGCAGAUAGGUUAGUGAAAUCAGCUCAUGACUCUUAGAUGAGAGCAAGCAAAAAUCUCAGCUGACUGGAAAGAAAGGCAGAGGAGGGGUAAAAAUUUUAAAAGGCCAGGCCCAGUAAGUGUAUCGUACUUUGUAAAUAAAUUUCAAGCAGCU